UUCUCAAAGCGAUGAGAGUCAACCAAAAACAUAUUCAUAUCUUAGAUAAUUUAUAGAAACAACGAUUUGCAUGUCAUUCCUUAGUUUUUGAAAGAGGCUUUUUAGAGGUAAGCUUUUCUUGCAAGUGGAAGCAUGAAAACUCUGAUUUUCAUAUACAGGAAAGCUUCGUCUUGUGUCAGUUACCAAUCUAGGGUCUUCUCUUCCAUUCACGGCAUUAAAUCUGAGACACCCAAAUCAGAAAAUCUUACAUGGGUUGGUACUGACAGUUGGGAAGUGUCGGAUUUGCAGCAUCUCUUACAGAUAUGUGUGAGGAAGAGGUCUGUUGCAGAAGGGAAGAGCUGCCAUGCACGUGCAAUUCAAGCAGGUCUACAAACAGACACAUUGAUAUCAAACAUCCUCAUCAACAUGUACUCCAAAUGUGGGCUCAUUGACUCUGCACGUCAGGUCUUCGAUAGAAUGCUGCAACGAAGCAUCAUUUCAUGGAAUACCAUGAUUGGUGCGCAUACUCAGAAUGGAGAUGAACAAGGGGCAUUGACACUCAUUAAGCAGAUGCAGAAUGAGGGGACUCCAUCAAGUGAAUUCACUCUUUCAAGUAUUCUCUGCGCUUGUGCUGAGAAAUUGGCCAUCGGCGAGAGCAAACAGUUGCAUGCGUUUGCUCUCAAAACAGCAUUUGGUUCCAAUGUGUUUGUGGGAACAGCGGUGCCUGAUGUCUAUGCCAAAUGCAAUUUGAUUAAAGAUGCUUGUAAGGUUUUUGAUGGUAUGCAAGAAAAAACUGCGGUCACAUGGAGUUCGAUGGUGGCGGGGUUUGUGCAGAAUGAUCUCUACGAGGAGGCUCUAGCCUUGUUUCACCAUGCCCAAAAGAUGGGCUUGGAACAGAUCCAGUUUACGCUUUCCGCCGCUCUCAGUGCUUGCGCAAAUCUAGCGGCUCAGAUUGAAGGGACCCAGGCGCAUGCAGUGUUGGUAAGGAAAGGUUUUGGCUCGAAUCUUUUCGUGGCCACCUCACUCGUGGACAUGUACGCGAAGUGCAGAAGCAUCAAGGAAGCUUACUUUGUAUUCUCUGGCGCAGAAGAGAAGAAUGUGGUGCUGUGGAAUGCAAUGGUUGCGGGCUUCUCUAAACACGCUCAUUCCACCGAGGCCAUGAUAUUAUUUGAGAAAAUGCAGCAGGCAGGUAUGUGCCCAAAUGAAGUUACAUACAUUUCUCUUUUAUCUGCUUGCAGUCAUGUUGGUUUGGUCAAGGAUGGACGGCAUUAUUUUGAUCAGAUGAUCGGAGACAACAACAUAGAGCACAAUGUCCAUCACUAUUCAUGCAUGGUCAACCUUCUUGGCCAUUCUGGUCUGAUUUGUGAAGCUCGUGAACUGAUUGAACGGAUGCCGUUUGAGGCAACAGCUUCCAUGUGGGGUUCGCUGUUGGGCUCAUGUAGGAUCUAUGAAAAUCUUGAAUCGGCGGAGGUUGCAUCGGAUCGUCUGUUCAAGAUUGAGCCAGACAAUGCGGGAAACCAUGUUUUGCUUUCAAAUGCAUAUGCCGCGAAUAAGAAGGGGGAAGUUGUGAAGGCGAGGAAGGCUUUGAAAGACAGCAGAGUGAAGAAGGCGAUGGGAAUGAGUUGGAUAGAAGUUAAGAGCCGGGUCCACACGUUUGUGGUUGGUGAAAGAAGCCAUCCAAGAAUGGCUGAGAUCUAUGCGAAGCUUGAUGAUUUGGAAAAAGAGAUGAAGAAGAUGGAAUAUAAGGCUGAGAUUGAAUACGAUCUGCAUGAUGUGGGGGACAAUCAAAAGGAAGAGCUGUUGAGACACCACAGUGAGAAGCUGGCUCUUGCCUUCGGUCUCAUCAGCCAACCAUUGGACGCACCGAUCACUAUCAAGAAGAAUCUUCGCAUUUGUGGGGACUGCCAUUCUGUUAUGAAGUUUGCAUCGAAGAUCACAGGGAGGGUCAUCAUUGUCAGGGAUACGAAUCGGUUUCACCAUUUUAGGGAUGGCUCGUGUUCGUGUAGGGAUUUCUGCUGAUGCAGUUAGGACUCACGUUUGAACUUGCCAAGGAAAUCCCAGCAUGCGGAGUUCCGAGCCAUUCAUCGGGUGGGCCAAAAGACAAGUUCAUUCUGCUGAUUUGGUGGCCACUCGUGCAUGUUGAAUGUGGAUCAUUGGUCUAGUCAUACGUUUCUUUGGUACUGUGGCCCAACCGGUGAGCAGAUUGGUCAGAUUUUUGGAGCCAGGGGAUCUAUGCUAUGGGGCCCGUCUAAUGGGCGCCUUGAAUCUUGCACUCAUGCACCAUGUUGGCAUGGUCUAUCCUGGCCCAGGAUUGGAAUUGAGUCAUCUGAACUGUAUGGCACUGAGAUUUUGGAUCGCACUAGUACUGUCGCUAAUCAGAUUAUAGACAGUUCUCAUGCUUACCAGACAAGAUGCAGACCCACAAACGGAUGCAGGUGGCAGAUAUUGGUGGGCCUGGGAAGAGAGCAGUAUCCGCAGAUAUGCUGAUAUUUUUUAUUAUUAUUGGUAUUCUAUGAAAGGUGAAGACAAUUACAGUAAUCGGGAAUGCAAUGGUUGUUUGGGGAGAAAAUUUGGUGAAACGAGAGCUGUAUAUAUCGAUCAUGAUUACAAGAAGCGGAAGAAUGAAGAUGGAAAUUAUAUGGAUGGUGGUGAUUUAUUGGCAUUGACUGUCCGGCAGUUGAUCACCGUGGACUGGUAAGCUCUACAUUUCAGUAUCCUCUUACAAGGUCAAGUUUAAAUACUUAUCAUGUGCACGAAACUUGCUUUCUACGAAGAACGGUGACAAAAUAUUGUUCUCAGCAAUUGCUCGGGAGAUUUUCGGAA